AUGGAAUGUGUGGAUGGCGAUUAUGCUUAUGAAUAUGUCUAUGAAAGUGACUGUAGACCGGCACCAAUUCACCAGCCAGAUAAUAUAGCUAUUCCCGAUGGAAAGUUUUGUAACAAUACGCUUUACCGUGCUGAUUACAGGGGGCAAGAAUGCUGCAGACCUGAUGUUAUUAAACAGCCGAACAAUUUGGCCAUUCCUGACGGUCCGUUUUGCAAUAAUACCCUGUACAGAGCCGAUUACAGGGGUCAGGAAUGCUGUAGGCCUGAAGCUAUUAAGCAAGUGGACAACUUGGCAAUUCCGGAUGGCCAGUUCUGCAACAACACACAGUACCGAGCUGACUAUAGAGGACAGGAAUGCUGCAGACCCGACGUAAUCAAACAGCCGGACAACCUGGCUAUUCCUGACGGUCAAUUUUGCAAUAAUACUCUUUACCGUGCUGAUUACAGGGGACAGGAGUGUUGUAGACCCGACGUGAUCAAACAGCCGGACAAUUUGGCCAUUCCUGACGGCCCAUUUUGUAACAACACUCUAUAUAGGGCAGAUUACCGUGGGCAAGAAUGUUGUAGACCCGACGUAAUCAAACAGCCGGACAACCUGGCUAUUCCUGACGGCCAGUUUUGCAAUAAUACGCUAUACCGAGCCGAUUACAGAGGCCAGGAGUGCUGCAGACCCGACAUUAUCAAACAACCGGACAAUUUGGCAAUUCCUGAUGGUCCAUUUUGCAACAAUACACUCUAUCGUGCCGAUUACCGUGGACAGGAGUGUUGUAGACCCGAUGUCAUCAAACAGCCUGAUAAUUUGGCCAUUCCUGACGGUCCAUUUUGCAACAAUACGCUAUAUAGGGCGGACUAUAGAGGACAGGAAUGCUGCAGACCCGAAGUAAUCAAACAGCCAGACAACUUGGCAAUUCCGGACGGCCAGUUUUGCAAUAAUACUCUCUACCGGGCUGAUUACAGGGGGCAGGAGUGUUGCAGACCUGAUGUUAUCAAACAGCCGGACAAUUUGGCCAUUCCUGACGGUCCAUUUUGUAACAACACGCUAUAUAGAGCAGAUUACCGUGGGCAGGAGUGUUGUAGACCCGAAGUAAUCAAACAGCCUGACAACUUGGCAAUUCCGGACGGCCAGUUUUGCAAUAAUACUCUCUACCGUGCUGAUUACCGUGGGCAGGAAUGCUGUCGGCCGGAAUCCGUGAAGCAGCCAGACAACCUUGCCAUUCCGGAUGGUCAAUUCUGUAAUACCACACUUUAUCGUGCCGAUUACCGUGGACAAGAAUGUUGCCGACCGGAGGCCAUCAAGCAGGUGGACAAUCUGGCCAUUCCGGAUGGCCCUUUCUGCAACACAACCCUUUACCGAGCUGACUAUAGGGGCAUCGAUUGCACUCCGAGGCUUGUAAAAAGACUCAGGAAGAUAGGGGCCAAUCGGCCGAAGAUGUGCGGCCAGUCUCUGAAUAUGUCAGCGGUUGCCAACACAUGCAAUUCAAAUGCAACUUUAACUUUAAAACCCGGUCCUGAAUUAACAACGGGAUAA